AUGGCUGUGCAUUUAUGGCCAGUCCGGAACAAUGAACAAGGUGCUGCGCAGCACUCAUUGCCAGGUGCUGAUACCUGUCGAGGUAAACUUGUGAUGCAAGUUGACAAAUUCAACUGGCACUACAUCCAAUGUCAGUUGCGCUCACGAGAUGAUCUGUCCCACCUGAUUCUCUGCAACCUGCAAGAGUUCGAUACUGGCUACCUGCAGGCCCUCCUUGAUGAUGAUAAAGUAGUCAUUGCGUCUCAUGAACAAGAUGUGAGAGAUAAUGGAUAUGGCCCACUCAUUCCUUGUCAUUUUGUUGCCUCCCUGUCUCAGCAAAAACAACUUUGCCCACAUUGGCAUCAAUCCAAUGACGGAACAUUGGCACGUGGAGCGUUACUUAAAUGGGAGCACCGUUGUACUGCAAAAUUUGAUAUCUAUGUACCUGAGGACUUACCUGCAUGCCCCCAAGUUGCUGUUAUAUGGACUGGCAGCUUGCUGAUGCAACUCCACGUCGGAUUGUUUUGGACUCAGGGCUUCAUGAGAGGACUUUGUAUAGCAUUAGGAUGGGUAGCAGACCGAAGCCCUUGUCUUUCCGAUAUUCAUCCAUUGCUUGCCAACCUUGAUCAUGUCCGGCGUCUAAUCAAUGUUUUCCACUUCGAAAAGUAUCCCCUUGGUACUGGUUUUGAAGGUGCAAGGCUCCUAGUGGAUGAAGAAAACAAACAGUCGCGAGAACAACGCUAUGUUCGCUGUGCAGAGACCUACACUCUCACGGCAAAGACUGAAUUUCAUCUUGUUAUUUGUAUGACAAGUAACAUGUCUCACCGUCUCUUGGGUGCAAAACGCAUCUCAAUCGACACAUCUUUCAAGUGCCUUCAUGACUGGCAGGAAUUUGAGAUUGAAGCAUGGGAUAGCGAACAUAUGCGAUCUGUGAUGGGUGCAAGAGCUUUCACAACAUCUCAAAGUGCCCAAGCACACUUAAUUCUCUUCCGGCGUAUUUUUGAGAUUGCUGAAGAAGAUACAGGACUAUCAGUGUCCUUCCAACACAUUCACGGCACAGGGUAUGAGUCUGUUGUUGCCGACGGACACAUGGGGCAGGGACUAGGUGAAUUGUCUGUCUCGGGAUGUUCUGCGUCGAACUCUGUAAGAAUAAUAACACGUUCUGUGUUUACGAAAAACAAUGUCUGCUCCAGUGACCUGGAUCCAUAUGCUCACUUGCGUCGUUUCUACCGUGUUUGUGUCACGCACUUCAAGCGCAAUGUUCAGGCACUCCGAACCUAUGUGUCAAGUGAGGUAUAUUCUGCAAUGUUGAGUUUAGCAUCUUCGGAGCCACAUCCGGACAUCAACAAGACACUAGCAACCAUCCGCGGCGGUGGGAGGAAAGCUCAAGCUUGGUUGAAGGAUAAAUUAGAAACAAAUAAAUUUGUGCUUGCUGCAAUAUACCGCCCAGCAAGCCUAAUACCCAAAGUCAUUUGGAGAGCCUGUCCAUCGACUACGAACGGCAAUGAGCAAGCCCAUCACAGUGCAAAUCGUGAUGGUGUUAAUCUCACCCUUCUUGGUGGCAUCAUGCGGGGUCGCGACUUUGAUGAGCGUGCUGCACAAAGUAUGGAAGUCCAUACAUCCUUGGGUAUCAACACCCGCGAUCAAGAUGCUACACAUGUCCGCCGUGCCACAAGAUCUAUUGUUCGACAAGUUGCAAUCGCUAAGGAUGCACCUUCAAGACCGAGCAAUGCCACGCACAUCUUGAUCUCGGCAUCAGAAAACCAAAAUAUGGCACUGCCAUCACUGCAUGCAGGCCUUGUUCAAUAUGCACCGUGCCCAUCGCAUACGCUCGAGUCUGCAAUGCAAUCCGACGUGACUGGAACACCAGAAAUUUGGCCAAGAUGGACAGCUACAACACUCCCACUGCCACCACCACAAUAUCAUGCUGAGGGCAAGCUUCCGCUGAGUCAUUUCAGCACCCUCACAGGCGCACUCGAUGACAGUAAGCCUAGUAAUGUUACUUUAAUCACUGUCUCGUCAAGAAGGGCACGUACCAUAGCACCACUGCCCUCGACAUACAUCAGCACACUUCAGUAUGCGUUGACACCUGGUGCGAACAUUGUUGACUACUGGCCAUCACCAAAAGUCAUCAGCAACUCAAACACAGACACGUGUAAGAGCAACCCACCAGCAUCCGAGGGGCACCGCAUCCGGAUUCCACUAUCACAGUUCAGCACCCUAACUGGAGCUCUCGAGGAAGGACAGGUAUCUUGA